AUGCCAACCACAACCAAGGUUACCAACACCACCAUCACCACAACCACGACCUCUCCAUCAGCCUCAGGGGUACCAACCAUCGCAACCACACAGGUAACCAACCAAACAACCACAGGGGCACCAACCAUCGCAACCACGCAGUUAACCAAACAAACAACCAUAGGAGCAUCAAGCAAACAACCACAAGCAGGGCUACCAACCAUCGCAACCACACAGCUAGCCAAACAAACCCCCACAGGCAGGCCUACCAACACUCCCAGCACCACCACGGCCCCCUCCUUCAGCCUCAGAGGCGUGGGCGUGGGCGUGGGCGUGGGCGUGGGCGUGGACUCAGCCGGCACCCAUCAGUAUUCAUGA